UCUCCAGGAAGCUUUGUAGGAGCUGGCGGACUAGGGAAUGGCGGCUCAGGAGGAGCGUUUGGACCUUCGCCAGGAAGCUUUGGAGGAGCUGGCGGACUAGGGAAUAGCGGCUCAGGAGGGGCAUCUGGAUCUUCGCCAGGAAGCUUUGGAGGAGCUGGCGGCCUAGGCAAUCGCGGCUCAGGUGGAGCGUUUGGACCUUCGCCAGGAAGCUUUGGAGGAGCUGGCGGACUAGGGAAUGGCGGCUCAGGAGGAGCAUCUGGAUCUUCGCCAGGAAGCUUUGGAGGAGCUGGCGGCCUAGGCAAUCGCCGCUCAGGAGGAGCGUUCGGACCUUCGCCAGGAAGUUUUGGAGGAGCUGGCGGACUAGGGCAUGGUGGCUCAGGAGGAACAUCUGCAUCUUCGCCAGGAAGCUUUGGAGGAGCUGACAUAGGCACUGCUGGAAUAUUUCCGGAAGGUUUUGCCGGAUCAUUUAAGGAAGGAGGUGCUGGGUCCUCCGCAGCAAGUGCCAGUGGUAACGGUGGUGGAGCCGGCAUGAGUGGUGCUGGAGCAGUUGGAGGGUGGGGAGGUCGUGCUGGCAGACUAGUCACUGGUCCGUCAGGUGGAGUGUCUGGAUCUUUGCCAGGAAUCUUUGCAUGAGAGGACACAGACCCUGCUGGUGCAUUUACGAGAGGCUUUCGGUUACCUGACGGAGACUAUUCGAGCACAUUGAAGAAGUAAUCUGGUAAGAAGCCUUCGUGGAGCGAACGAGGGACCGGGCGGACUACUUUCAGAAAUUGCGGGAAGAGCUAACGUGGGACCGGCUGGAGCAUUUUCAGUAUUAGUAGGUGACAGACUUCCUAAUACAAUGCCUUCCAUUGAGCCGAGGAAUGCUCGCUGAGAGGGCGCAUGCGAUGCCGCGUUCUCACAUCUU